AUGCGUUCGGAGGGCGAUGAAGCCCUAAGAGCCCCUAAGAAGUUUCUGAACCAGGAGGUGCAGCUUGGGCUGGGGUGCUGGGUCUACUUGGACCAGCAGCCUUCGCCGCUGAUGUGGCUGGUGAUCUCGGAUCGGUGGCACCAGGUGGACAGCCUGCUCUUCGCCGUGCUGAACUCGAGGUCUCACCUGCAGCGUCACGGCCGGGACAAGGGGGCGCAAGAUCUUGCGCGGGGCUUGCGCAUGGCGGCCACGGACCUCCUGAUGAACAUCAUCGACUUGGAGUCUGUUGUUCCCCACAGAUUGCGGCAGUACGCCAUGAACUUUGCCAACCUGAAGACGGCCAUGCAGCUGCCGUUCCGGCUGGGCAUCUCGGAGGACAACUUCACCAUCGACUUCAAGCUGCGUUUCAGGGGCUACGCCCUCUUGGAGGAGGGCGCCAAGUGCCAAAGCAUCCUGGCCUGCUUUGCCAAGAAGGGCUUGGCGGACAGGGACCAGUUCCGCAUUGCUCUGGAGGCGGCCAGCCUCAGCUCUGUGGAGGACGGCAUGCUGGCGGGGGAGCAAACCGGCAAGCCACAGGCCUGGCACAUCGUCUUCUGCUACAACGGGCAGGCCACGCAGCUUAUGGUGCCUCCCAUGGCUGGGGAGUGGCUCCAUGUGGCCAUCUCCUACGUGGAAGGACACACGGAGAUCUGUUGCUCUUGGGACGGCGCGCCGCCACGCAAGGUGGAGGCAGACUACAGCAAGAUGGAUCAGCGCGUCAGCGUGGACGGGUAUGUCGGCCUGGAGGUGACGAAGAAGAAUGUGAUCAACAACUUGCUGUGCGAUAUUCACUACUUCCGUGCUUGGAAGACCUCCCCCGGCGUGGAGAAGGUGAUCGCCAGGCACGCAGAUGCGGAUGCCCCGGAUCCCAUCCUGGCGGCCGGGGACAACGUGUUCACGAUGACGGUGGCGGCGUGCCUGCAUGAAGACAAGGGCUACAUCUUGGACUUGAUCCCGAAGGAGCGUUUGCCCGGGGCCAAAGUCUCGGGCCGGAACUUCACCAUGUUCCCCGCCGUGCGCAGCCGCCUGGCCGUCACCACGGACUACGUAGGCGCCAUGAUCUCCGCGGUGCACAUGGCGCCCCGCUUCGUAGCGCGGGUCUCGGUCUCGAGGUGGUGGGUCUGA